AUGGGGCGAGACGUGCGCGCGCUCUCGGAGUUUAUCGAUCGCAAAACGCCUGGAAUACGCGUCGAUUGGGCGGAGACCGACGACGCGGUAUCGGCGAAGCGUUGGAGGGCGUGGACGUUCACGUACGAGAAGUACGCACACGCGUCGUUCGCGAACGCGACACGCGUCGAUUUCGUGUUAAAGGCGGAUACCGAUACGUACGUGCACGGCGCGCACUUGUUGCGGUAUUUAAAUCGUUUCGACGCGACGUUGCCGCAUUACAUCGGUCGACAAUUCGUCGAGCGCGGCGUCGCGUUCGUCGCCAGCGCGACCAUCGUGCUCAGUCGAGAGGCGUUGCGACUCGUCACCGUGGCGAGUCGCGACGGCGUGGGCGCGUGCGCGCGGGGAAAAUUUACGGCGACAAAGGCUGAGGACGUCGCGUUAGCGUUGUGCCUUCGAGACGUGGGCGUGUAUCCACACAACUCGCGCGACGCCUCGGGGGCGGAGCGGUUCAUGGUGUUCAGUCCGCAGCGCAUGCGCGCUGGAUCCGAAGGCUUACCGCGCUGGUACGUCAAACGAACUAUGAACGCACAGCAAGGUCCGGGGUGCUGCAGUGACGAGGCGAUCUCUUUCCACUACGUCUCGACGGACGAACUCGCGCGCGCGCGACUCGUUCGCGCGCACGGCGCGUGGUCGUGGACUCCCGCCGUCGCGUCAGAGCCGCCACCGCCGUGA